GUGGGUUUUUCCAAUUUACAUUUCUCUGAAUUUUUUCGUUUUUACAUGAAAUUAUUGCUCUUUGGUUUUGGUUAUUUUCUUGGUUAGAAUGGAGAUUUAUGGUUGAUUCUUAGUGGGGGUUUUCUCUUUGGAUUUCAUGGUCAUGAAUUGUUUGUCAAAAUCUAAUUUUAUGGUCAUGGGUUCUUUGCAUGUUUCCUUUUCUACCUGAAUCUUCCUUCUUAUUUAAAUUUUUGAGUUUUUAUUUGACUAAAUGGAGCUUUAUGCCUUAUUUUAAGUGAGGUUUUUUGGUUGGAAUCCAAGUGUCAAUUUUUCAAGUUCAAUUUUAUAUCUAAAUCCUAGUGUUUCAUAUUUGCAACAAUUUUGCCUCUUAUUGUUUUUUUUUUUUUUUUUUGUUAGUUUUGGGAGAUUUCUUUUUAUUAGAUGUAGGUAUAUGGUUUUUUUUUUUUUUUUUUUUUUGGUUUUCCAGUUCUAAUUUUGUUUCAAGAUUAUGGCUGGUUUGCUGAAUUUUUCCUUUGAUGCUAGGUAACUCGAUCGUGGGGAGAAUCCAGAAUUUGGAGCUUCAAUCAGUUGGGAGGUACUGAGUGUUGCUCUUGUAUUGUACCCUUUACAUUAGAUGGUCAUCAAUCAGUUGUGGGUGUUUUCUUUUUGGAGUUUGGUAGAGUCUUGAGUAUUUGCGAAAUGGUCUUAGAAUGCAUAUGAUUUGUUUUGCUUGUUGAUUGAGGUUUGCGGUUGUCUUAUUUUCUUGUAUAGACAGGCACAUAUAGGCACGUGCGUGUAUGUAUGUUUUUCUUAAUGGGUUUUAGAGCUAAAUUUUAAUUCGAGAUUUUUGCGGAUGCAUAAGAUGGUACGUUGUUAGUUAAGCUAUCUCGAUAGAGAUGCUUCUCUUCUUUGUUUCCAUGUAUGAAUCACUAGAAACUUGCAAAUGCUUUAAACAUUGUGUUAGGAUUAAUGUUUUAUCCAUGGAAUGAUUCAAAUUUUUAGUGUUGUUUCAAUUGUGGAAAGCAUUUAUACUUGUUAUUCCCACUUAAUAUCCAUCCGGAUUUGGAAUGAGCGAAAAAAUAGCAAAGAUUACGCAUCGGCGGUUCACGACGGUUCUUCUUCUCGCUUCUUAAGUUGUUAGUUUUAUAUUCUUAAUGAGAUUUACCUAGAAAAGAUUACACCUUUCAUAGAAUUGUUUGAUUGAUUUUUGGCCAAACUUUCCGUAGAGUUUGUUUGAAUUCAUCGAUUGAGGUCGCCUGGGUCUUGUUCCAGUAAACUUGACAUUUAGCUCGGUUGAUUGCGUCUACUUCUCUCCAGGAUUUUAAUGGACAAUGAAGAUAAAAGUUGGAUGAAUUGCCUAAGAUGGACGGAGGAGUAUAGUCGUGGAGUGAACAAUUUUCUUGAUAAGGCAUUUGAACGAGCUUCUCAAGGAGAUGAAAUAUUAUGCCCUUGCAAAAAAUGUGUUAAUCGCUACUGGCAUUAUAGAAAUGUCGUGGAAGAACACUUGGUUGUUGAGGGGUUUGUUGAUAAUUACACCAAAUGGGUUUUCCAUGGAGAAGGGUUUUACUCGAGAAAUGCACCUCAUCCAAUCAAUGAUGAUGAAGAUUCUAACUUGCGUGACAACAUUGAUGGACUGCUUCAUGAUACAUUUAGAAAUGUGGAGGGUGAGUCAGCACAUGAAGAAGUAGGGAGAGAGGGACUAUCUGAAGAUGCAAAGAAAUUUUUUAAAUUAUUGGAGGAAGGGAAACAAGAGUUAUAUCCGGGGUGUGAAACUUUCACUAAAUUGAGUUUCACCAUUCGGUUGUACUUGCUUAAAACCUUGCAUGGGUUGAGUAAUGUAGCAUUUUCAGACAUUUUAGCAUUGCUGAAGGAGGCAUUUCCCUUUGCCCAGCUACCAGAGUCAUUCAACAAGGCUAGAAACAUGAUAAAAGAUUUGGGUCUUCAUUAUGAAAAAAUACAUGCAUGCCCUAAUGAUUGCAUGCUAUUUUGGAAAGACAAUGAGAAAGCAGAAAAUUGCUCCGUUUGUGGGUCUUCUAGAUGGAAGAGUGUUGGUAAUGCCUUGACUAAUGCCAAAUCUAAAAUCCCUGCAAAGGUUUUAAGGUACUUUCCCUUAAAGCCUAGGCUUCAAAGGAUGUUUAUGUGUCCUGAAACAUCUGUUGCAAUGAGGUGGCAUGCUAAUGAACGACCCAAUGACGGGAAUAUAAGACAUCCUGCUGAUGGAGAAGCUUGGAAGGAUUUUGACUCUUUGCACCCAGACUUUUCUAGAGAUCCUCGUAAUGUCAGGUUGGGUCUUUCAAGUGAUGGUUUCAACCCAUUUCGAACCAUGAGUAUUUCUCAUAGCACGUGGCCUGUUAUGUUAAUGAACUAUAAUUUAUCACCGUGGAUUUGCAUGAAGUCGGAAUAUAUCAUGUUGUCAAUGAUCAUUCCGGGUCCUUCAUCUCCGGGAAAUGAUAUAGAUGUGUACCUACAACCAUUAAUUGCAGAAUUAAAGGAAUUAUGGGAAGCUGGGAUAGAAACUUAUGAUGCUGAAACCAACCAAACAUUCCGAAUGCGUGCAGCCUUAUUGUGGACAGUUAGUGAUUUUCCAGCAUUAGCAAUGGUUUCUGGAUGGAGCACCAAAGGGAAACUGGCAUGCCCCACUUGUAAUUAUGACACAUGCUCUCAAUAUCUCAAGCAUAGUCGUAAGAUGUGUUACAUGGGUCAUAGGAGAUUUUUGCCUCGCGAUCAUCCAUUAAGAAAAGAUAAGAAAUCAUUUAAUGGUCAGGAGGAACAUAGACCUGCACCAACUCCUUUGUCGGGUGUAGAGGUAUUUGAAGAGCUGCGUGAAUUCAACAAUGUUUAUGGAAAGGGCAAAAAAAAAAGGCCUCGGGAUAAUAAGGGUCCCUGGAAAAAAAGGUCCAUUUUUUUUGAAUUGCCAUAUUGGGCACAUAAUAAAUUGAGGCACAAUCUUGAUGUGAUGCACAUAGAGAAGAAUAUAUGUGAUAGUUUGCUUGGGACUUUAUUGGAUAUAGAUGGAAAGUCAAAGGAUCAUGUAAAUUCUCGCUAUGACUUACAAGAAAUGGGGAUACGGAAGGAGCUACAACCAAUAGAAGAUGAUAAUGGUAGUUUAAGUUUGGCUCGAGCUUGUUUCUCCAUGAAGCCAGAACAGAAACGGUUGUUUUGCACAGUCAUGAAAAAUGCCAAAUUACCAAAAGGGUGUGCUUCGAAUAUAUCACAACGUGUGCAAGUGAAGGAGAUGAAAAUAUCAGGGUACAAGAGCCAUGAUGCUCAUUUUAUAAUGCAUUACCUUCUCCAAGUUGCUGUUAGAAAAGCUUUGCCCAAGAAUGUUUCGCUGACCUUGAUUAGGUUGGGCAAUUUCUUUAGAGCCAUAUGUAGUAAGGUUAUAAGGCCAAGAGAUCUUGAAAAAAUGCAUUCUGAAAUUGUUGAAAUAAUAUGUGACCUUGAAAAGAUUUUUCAUCCAACAUUUUUUGAUAUAAUGCUACAUUUACCUAUUCAUUUAGUGAAUGAAAUUAAGUUUGGGGGUCCGGCCCAUCUUCGUUGGAUGUAUUCCAUUGAGAGGCACCUAUGUAAGUUGAAGGGGUUCGUUCGCAAUCGAUCUUGUCCAGAAGCAUCAAUAGCGAGAGGGUUCUGGCUGAAGAGUGCUUGACUUUUUGUUCGAGAUACCUACACGAUGGCGUGAAGACAAGAUUUAGUAGGUACCAAACUGAGGAUGACGAGUGCCUUCAAAAUUUGUCACCUAUAUUCCCUAACAUAGGUCAUCCAAUUGGAAGAGAGAAGAAAAAGAGAAACACUUUUCUUAUGGAUUCACAAUCCAAAGAUGAAGCACAUCGGUAUGCUCUGUUCAAUACUGGAGAUGAACAAGUGGAGAAGUUAAUUGAGGAACAUAAGAAUUUGAUGGGUAAUCAUACUAGAUCAAAUGCCUGGAGUUCUGAAUAGUCAUGGAUGAAGAAGACGGGGCUUUAAGAAAAAACAAAAAAGCAAAAGGAUCAAUGUUCCUUCCAGCUGGAUCACUUGCCUCGUUGGCAAACCAAAUGUCGUUGAGGGGAACAAAAAGAAAUGUUCAAGCUGAUUGCUCAAAUAGGAAAAAAAUAGCAUCCAAGGUUAGGAUCCCAAGUGCAAACUCAAGUGCAGCAAGUGCCAAUUCAUUCUACCUCUCUUGUAGAACAAGUAAAACAAGUACCAAGGCAUUCAACCACUUCUGCAGCACAAACAGUACUAGAACAAGUGCAGCAAGAGUCACUGCAUCCUACCCCUUCUACAAUACAAGCAGUACAGGAGCAAGUGCAACAAACGUCACAAGAUUCUACACCCCAAGAAGCAAAUGAAGAAACUGAGAAACAGGGUCCUUCCACAAAAAAAAAAAAAAAAGAGGUAGAACACAAAUGCAAAAUGUACAUGGACGGAGUGAGCGUAAAUUGAUCGUGCUAAAUAAGCACAACCAACCUGUUGGUCCUACUCAAGCGAUCGUAGCAGAGUUAGGUAGCUUCCUUGGCACAUUGGCAAGGAAUUCGACCUUUUGUCCUGUUAACGUAUCAAAUUGGAGGAAACUGAAAACACAUAAAGAUAUGUGGAAAUAUACCAAGAAAAUGUCCAACACUAACACAGAGAAUCGCAAAAAGUUGAGAUAUCCGCAUACUGUUGGCAAAAAAAGCUUUGCUGUAAUUCGCGA